AUGUCUGCUGCUCCUCAACUCUACGAAAUCAAAGACCUUACCAUUCCACAAAAGGAUUUGAUCAAAGCAUCUAUCCCCAUUCUCGAACUGUCAGGGGUUGACCUCACCAAGGCUUUCUACAACUACAUGUUGGAAACUUACGCAGAGGUCAAGCCUUUCUUCAACGAAACUAACCAAAAGAAUUUCAGACAGCCAAAAGUCUUGGCAUUUGCCUUACUCAAUUACGCCAAAAACAUCGAUGACUUGGCCCCAUUGACUGCGUUUGUUCAACAAAUCGUCACCAAGCAUGUCGGUUUGCAAAUUAAAGCAGAACAUUACCCAAUUGUUGGUAACUCUCUUAUUAGCACCAUGGGUAAACUUUUGGGCCCUGAAAUUGCCACUCCAGAAUUCGUCACCGCCUGGUCGACUGCUUAUGGUAAUUUGGCGCAAAUUCUUAUCAACGCCGAAUGGGAACAGUAUCAAAAGCAACCAUGGAAUGGUUUUAAAGAAUUCACUGUCACAAAGAUUGAGGAAGAAGCCAAGGAUAUUAAAUCAGUAUACUUCACCCCAUCUGACGGUUCCAAAAUCAGUUUGCCAUUGCACGGUCAAUAUUUGGGAUUCCGUUUUACCAUUCCUGGUGAUGAUAUUGAAAAAUCUAGAGAAUAUUCCAUCUCCCAGUAUCCAAACAGCAAUGAAUACAGAAUUUCUGUGAAGAAAUUGGACGAAGGAAAAGUUUCCACUUAUAUCAAUGAGCAAUUGAAAGCAGGAGACAAGUUCAAGGUUGCUCCGCCAAACGGUACCUUUACUUACCAAGACUUCACCAACGAUGUUUUGUUAUUUGCCGGGGGGAUCGGUAUUACUCCAAUCAUUCCAAUUCUUGAAAAAGCUUUAGCUCUGAACAGAAAAGUGACCUUAUUCUACUCUAACAAAUCCCAAGAGCAAAGACCAUUCGGUGAAUAUUUCAAAGAACUCCAAGGCAAAUACAACAAUUUCACAUUCAAUGAAUUCUUCUCCAAUGAGAACAAUAGACUCAGUGCCAAAGACUUCGAAUUUUCUCAUAAAGACUUUGAUGUUUACAUGCUUGGGCCAAUUGGAUACAUGGACUUUGUUCGUGAAGAAUUGAAGAAGCACGAUAUCACCGAAAUCCGUUCUGAAUUCUUUGGUCCAACCAACGUAUGA